AUGGAGCUGCAUCACAAGAGCCACUUCCCCUUCCACUGUGGCCACUGCGACUUUUUCAGCUCCAGCGCCAAGCUCUUCAGGCAGCACACCCAGAGCCAUGUGCCGGGGGGUGGAGAGCCCCCCACGGACACGGGGCUCGUGGAGGCCACCUGCAAGUGCGACUUCACUGCUAUGCUGGGGAGACACACCGGGAAAGCAGCGGAGCCGGCGGCUGGCCACGGGCAGUCUGGCAGCCCCAGGGCAGCGCCGGACAAGAGAGCGUCAGCAGCGGAAGAAGACUCUGAGAGCACAGGCGAUGAAUCGCUAGAGGAGGAGAGCGCCUGUGAGGCAGAAUCCAAAGGAGAUGGGAACGCGGCGUCUAAGAAAGCAAAGGCGCCUCGGGCCCAGCCAUUCAAAGGGCAUGUCACGGAGGGCUCAGAGUACCUCUUCAAAACCCACAUGUGCCCGGAGUGCAAGCGGUGCUUCAAGAAGCGGACGCACCUGGUGGAGCACCUGCACCUGCACUUCCCCGACCCCAGCCUGCAGUGCCCCAACUGCCAGAAGUACUUCACCAGCAAGAGCAAGCUGAAAAUCCACCUGCUGCGCGAGACCGGGGAGAAAGCUCACCACUGCCCGCUCUGCCGCUACAGCUCCGUGGAGAAGAACGCCCUGAACCGCCACAUGGCCAGCAUGCACGAGGACAUCUCCAACUUCUACUCCGACGUCUACUCCUGCCCCGUCUGCCAGGAGACCUUCCGGCUCAGCCAGGCGCUCAAGGAGCACCUGAAGACCCACAAGGCCGAGACCAAGGGGCUGAGCUGCUUCCAGGGAGACUGUGGCUACUGCACCGACGACCGCAAGGACUUCGUCCGCCACCUCAAGGAGGCCCACGGCAUCAAGGCGGUGGAGUGCAAGUACCACGCCUGCUCCCUGCUCUUCGCCACGCCUGAGGCCAUGGAAACCCACCGCAAAGCCCACUACGCCUUCCACUGCCAGCAGUGCGACUUCGUCUGCUCCAACAAGCACGUCUUCCGCAAGCACAAGAAGCAGGGGCACCCAGGCAGCGAGCAGCUCCAGUGCGGCUUCUGCCCCUACGCCACCUUCAACCCCGUGGAGUUCCACGACCACGUUCUCUCUCUGCUCUGGCUAGGGGAAAAGCCCCACAAGUGUGAGCUCUGCGACUUCACCUGCCGGGACGUGAGCUACCUGUCCAAGCACAUGCUCACCCACUCCAACGACAAGAACUACAUGUGCACCGAGUGCGGCUACGUCACCAAGUGGAAGCACUACUUGAACGUGCACAUGAGGAAGCACACCGGAGACCUCAGGUACCAGUGCAACCAGUGCUCGUACCGCUGCCACCGGGCCGACCAGCUGAGCAGCCACAAACUACGGCACCAGGGCAAGAGCCUGAUCUGCGAGGUGUGCGGCUUCGCCUGCAAGCGCAAGUACGAGCUGCAGAAGCACAUGCAGGUGAAGCACUCGCAGAACUACCAGGUGCCCGUCUUCCAGUGCCAGUUCUGCACCUACCAGACCAAGUACAAGCAGGCCCUGCUCAACCACGAGAACUGCAAGCACACCAAGCAGAGGGAGUUCCGCUGCGCCCUCUGCUCCCACUGCACCUUCAGCAACACCAGCCUCUUCUUCCACAAGCGCAAGGUGCACGGCUACGUGCCGGGCGACAAGGGGUGGCUGGAGCACUACGCCAGCAAGGAGCUGCAGAGCAGCUCGCCCGACAUGUUGCUCAGCUACGAGCUCGGCGCCGCCCUGCGCUCCGACUCCCUGCCCGGGAAGGAGCUCUGGCCAAAAAGCAAGCCCCCGCAAGAGCCUCCUCAGCAGGCUUUCGGCGUGGCCCCCUCUGGCUGUGCCCCUGGGGCUGAGGACGAGGGGGGUCUUUCCGCCGAGGUGGGCCCCUGGGGAGAUUCCGCGGUGGCGGGGGACUCGGGGAUUGUGGAUGCCGCCGGCGACGCGGUUGAAGGCUGCACGUUGCACUUGGAGCCGCUGGACGUCACGGCAGCCUGUCCGCUGGGACACGUGGGUAGCGAGCCUCCCACAGCUCAGUCGGAGAGUGCAGACCCCCUGAGCUGCAGGGCCCCGGCCUACGAGGUGCUGAGCUCGCGGGAUGCGCUGGCCCUGGAGGACAACGACAACGGGCUUGAAGACGUCCCUGACUUCGAGGAGGAGCCGGAGGGCCAAGAGCAGGAGAGGCUGGGGGGCAGCGCUGGCGACCUGGCCAGUGCCGUGCAGCUGGAAGAGAGCCCUGAAACGGACACGCAGCCGGGGCCUGAGGAUGGAGGGGACGGGCAUUGCUCUGACUUGCCCAGCACGGCCGCCGACAGCGACGCAGCGCCAGACGCCAGAGAGCCCAGCAUGCAAGAGGCCUGGUUUAGCGUCAUAAAGCCAGCGGAGCAGAGCCAUUUUCCUGCCCCGGCCUCCCCGUGUGCAGAGGCCAAGGCGGGGCCGCAGUCGGAGUCGGUGCUGAAAGCUCUCCGGAGGCAGGACAAGGAGCAAGCCGAAACCCUGGUCUUGGAGGGGAGGGUGCAGAUGCUGGUGGUGCAGUCGGAGAGCCAGAUCUUCAAGUGCGAGACGUGCGCGUACAUCACGCGGAAGGAGAAGUCCAUGGCCCUGCACGUCAAAGCCGGGUGCCAGAGCCGCAGGGCCCCGCUGCUGUGCCGGGAGUGGGGGGCCAGCUUUAAGCAGCAGCGGGGCCUCAACACCCACCGGCUGAAGAAGUGCCCCGUGCUCCUGCGAAAGAACAAGCCUUCCAAGGCGGCUGCUGCUGAGCAGCCUGGCGGGGCCGGCGUGGGGGAGGGCGAAGCGAGCAACGUUCCGGAGCCCCCGAUGGAGAUGGAGCUGGGGCCUGUGAACGCUUCCUCCACGAGCCAGCCCUUCCUUGCGGCGCCGGCCGCAGGCAGCCCAGCCCCCAGCCAGGAACGGGAGGGUGCUGCUGAGCCCAAGGUGGCUAAGCCGUCUGUGCCAGGAGCCCACGCCCAAGUGGGGGAAGCCAAGCGCCCCUCCCCGCCUGAGAAGUACCGGCUGGAGCAGGGAAAGCUGCACUGCAACUCCUGCUCUUUCCUCUGCUCCCUGGUCUCCACCAUCAGCUCCCACGUGGAGGCCGGGUGCCGGAGCCUGGAGCGGUUCCGCUGUCGCCUGGGCCCGGAGUUCGCCUGCCACCACCAGCUGGUCUUCGACCACCACGUGAAGGGCCACGGCGGCACCCGCGUCUACAAGUGCUCCGACUGCGACUACACCACCAAGAACAAGCAGAAAAUCACCUGGCACAUCAGGAUCCACACCGGGGAGAAGCCCUACAAGUGUCACCUGUGCAAGUACGCCUGCGCGGACCCCUCGCGCCUCAAGUACCACAUGCGGAUCCAUAAGGAGGAGCGGAAAUACCUUUGCCCGGACUGCGGCUACAAGUGCAAGUGGGUGAAUCAGCUGAAGUACCACAUGACCAAACACACGGGCCCCAAGCCCUACCAGUGCGACGAGUGUGAGUACUGCACUAACCGGGCCGACGCGCUGCGCAUCCACAAGGAGACGCGGCACCGCGACGCCCGGGCCUUCAUCUGCGAGCAGUGCGGCAAGGCCUUCAAGACCCGCUUCCUCCUCAAGACCCACCUGAAGAAGCACAGCGAGGAGAAGCCCUACGUCUGCAACGUGUGCUACCGCGGGUUCCGCUGGGCCGCCGGCCUGCGCCACCACUACCUCACCCACACCAACGAGCACCCCUUCUUCUGCCGCUACUGCAGCUACAAGGCCAAGCAGAAGUUCCAGGUCAUCAAGCACAUCCAGCGGCACCACCCCGACUGCGGCCCGGGCGACCUCAGCCAGGGGGUCGGCAAGGACGCCAGCACCCCCACGCUGCACCUGCACGACGUCCAGCUGGAGCCCCCCAAGCCGGAGGGCGAGGAGGGGGCCCUCCCGGUGGCACAGGCCUAGCCGGGCUGGAGAGAGCCAGGGCUGCUCUGGGUCCCUGGUGGCUGGCUGCGGGCACAGGCCCUGUCUAAACGUGUAUAGGCAAAUGUGAAUAUGGGAUGUAAGAUAUGCAGCUGUAUAAAUGGACUCUCGUUUCCAUUUC